CGGGGACGGGGUGAUUCGAGUUCCUGUUGCGCGAUCGACAGACUGCACCCUCGUCAUCGUGAAAUGCGCUCUGCGCACGCGGCUGCGCACUACCAAACGUCACGCACUCGCGUUCAGACUUCAACGUUCAGCGGCUCCGGUCCGGUCCCAGACUCCGAAAUGAUUGAAAAUGACGUCUGACAAGUGAAGAUCUAACCUCUCCCUCGUUUUAUACACUGCAACGGUAGUUACCAUGGACGACGAUGCGGCCGCGUUGCAGAAUUUGGAACAACUCAUGACAGAGUUCUUCUGCCCGGAGACGACAAAUGAGAGAAAACGCACAAUUGAGCGUAGCUUCCAGGAGUUUGCCGGGCAGAUCGAUUCCUGGAAACCGUGUCUGCACUUCCUGUCCUCCACGAGCAAUCAUUACGUUAGCAUGUUUGCUCUGUCUACUCUGGAGACAACCAUCAGCAGACGAUGGCCCAUUCUUCCAUGGGAAGACAGAGCUCUUACGAGAUCCACUUUAUACACUCUGUCGCUGGAGAGAGACGUCGCGUCCUUUGUAAGGAAUAAAGUAGUGAAAUUGGUAGUGGACAUAGCGAGACACGACUGGCCACAUUUCUAUCCAGAUUUUUAUUCUAAUAUUUUACAGCUAUUGGGCCACAAACACACAAGACUGCUGGGACUCGUGUAUCUGAGGACAGCCUCGGAGGAACUGGCGACGCCAAGGGAGGACUUACCGAUGCACAGGAAAAGCGAGCUGUUUAGACUGUUGAGUGCACAAGUACCUCUGACUUUGGAUGCGCUUACAGUUCUUCUGAAAGAAACCAUGAAAUUGCAAAGUCGUUCUGGGACUGUAACGCCACCUCCGUCACCCACUAGUGGACAGAGUCUCGCUCCUGCACGGACAGUCCUGGAUGUCGAAGGACUAGCAACCGGCACCAGCGAGGUUUGCACGGCUACGCUUGAAGUUCUAGCGCAUCUGUUUAGCUGGAUAGACGUGUCGGGCAGCGUCUCCACCAAUUUGUUAGAUGCCAUAUUUUCAUGUGCCAAGUAUCACGAUGCUAUGAAUGGCAAACAGAUUGAGAUGGCCGUUCAAGCUUUGACUACGAUCAAUGAGCUUUUGUACAGACCGCUCUGCUCGCCCGACGCGACCGACACGUUGUUACUAGAGAUAUUUCAGAAUGGCGUUGGUUUGUUCCAGUUAAUGGAACGGUUGGAUUCGGUGGAGGAAAGUUAUAUGGAGAAAAUGACGGAAUUUUUGCAAUUAUUUAUAACGAACCAUAUGAAGAGGAUGGAGUCGAGCUCAAAGUUUCCAGUAAAUACAUUACUGGAAGUAUUGUGCCAUCAUACAUUCCAACAAGCGUCUACUGUGAACGGAUACUUACGUUGCCUAGACGUUUGGACCACUCUUUUGGAGAGCACUCAGUCACGAUACUCUGCCGUCGCUUUAGCCCUCGCCGAACGGAUCUUACAAAAAAUGAGCUUUAAACUCAACGCUCGAGUACUGAGAGAUCUCGACACAGAAAGCUUGGACGAAAAUGAAGAAACGGAGUGGCAACAUUUUCUAAGAUGCAAUAUAGAAUGUCUGGCAAAGAUUGCUGACAUCUCACCUAUUCCGAUAUUUACGUUAUUGUACCGUUCGUGGAGAGAGGGAUUAAUCGUUUUCGGUGAAUUGGGCGCGGCAGUCGCCAAUGGUCGUGUUAUUUUAUUAAAUGAUGCAGAGGCGUCGAAUGUGCAUGCACAUCUGAGAGAUCUCGCGUCGACUACGCAAGCUUUAACCAGGCUAUAUUCUCUUUUCAUCGGAGAUCAAACAAACAUCGAUCAAGGCUUGGCCGAAGAAGUUGUAUCACAAACUUUGGAAGCGUGUAUGUUUGCGAGAGAUAAUCAGUUGUAUAAAGCGGCGAUUCAACCAGCCGCUAUAGUAAUAGAUCUUAUAGAAGUGCAUUCACACCUUUUGGCUUCUCUUCAAGCAUGGUGUCAUUGGAUAGCCAGAAGACCAGAGAAGGUUAAAGAAACGCUCUGCGAGCGUUGCAUCAAUUCAUGUAUUUGGGCAACGACGUAUACCGCGUCCUGCGACCAUCCACUUCCUUCAAAUCUCAUCCACUCUGCCAUUCAUCUUUUCCAAAGUAUCACCGCCAUUUUGAAACCCAUUUUGUGGGACCAACCAACUUUUAGAAAUCUCAUUUCUAUGGGCACGUAUCCGUAUUUGAAAUCAGAUACGAUCAAAGUUCUACGUAGGGCAUUGAUCAAUGGAAUUAUAUUACCACCGGGUGACGCAGUCACGAGACAAAGAUUGUUAGGUACUAUGAUAUUAGCUCUGUCAGCACCUCUCGGUAUACAAGGACAGCCAGUGCCUUCAGAAUCAACAAUUUCAAUUACGAUAAUGCCACUGACUCAACUACUAGAAGAUUGUACAUCAUCAUCUACAACUAUAAAGAAGAUGUUACACUCGUGUCUAGAAUCAAUCAUAAACAGGACCUUAGAAUUAUUGUCUUAUGUGAUAAGGUGCCAGAGUAUAUGCGAGUUGUUACUUAGCUUCCUACACUCGACAUUUUCAGUAUUACAGCAACAACUUGGUCCUGAAUUUAUGCAAAACGCGGUUCAAGGCAUGCUACAACUUUAUACCAGGGAAAAUAUCUCUGCUGGCCCUGCGUUAGAUCAGUUAUUAGAAAUUUUGAUACUCGUCGUGUCAGCGCCCAGUAAUGCAUUUAAGGCAUUUGUUCCUUCGGUAACGAAUCUAUGUUUGGGUCAAGUAUGGCCUGCUGUUGGAAGCAACCUAAAUGCUUACCCGGAUACGACAUUAGUUUUAUUGAAGCUCUUUCAUAGUAUUCUUAUGCAUCGGUGGCAGUAUUUUUAUAAUACCUCAGUAUUGCGAACCCUUGGACAUCCCGAAGAAGAUGAACCUGUUGAACACAAAGAGGAAUUAGUAGCAAUUUUGGAGGCUUUUGGUCAAGCUCUGUUGCAGUCAGAUGUUAAUAUAUUUCGACAGAGUUUGCAAAGCCUCGAACAAUUAAAUAUCAGAUGGCGACUUUAUCAACGGGCAGUAUUCAAAGUUCAUCUUCUCGAGAGAUUUCUAAUGGCAUUGUUCACAGUUUUAUUUCAACAGUCCCAUAAUUUAUUGGCAGAUGAGAUAGCUACGGCUAUUCAUAGUCUAGCAUCUGUUAAUAUAGGAUGGUUCUUUGGCCACUUUUUGCCAACGUUUUUGGCAACUUGUGAAGGUGUAGACGAUAUGCAAAGGGCCACCUUGCUAGGAAACUUUGACAAAUCUACAGAUCAGCCAACUUUGACCAGAUCAGUACUCCAGCUCAUUUCAGAUUUAAGAUGUUACCAGUUGUGUCGACCGGGUUGAAGCAAAAGUUGCAAUUUGAAAGGGAAUUCGCAAUGAAAUUAUUCCAUAAGACUUCUACAAUGGCAUUUACAUGAAAUCGACAUUUCCAUCGAAUUUCUUCUACGAGUGCCUCUAAAUACAAAUACAAGAUACAUUAACUGUAAUGGAAGGAAAAAAGACAAACCUUUUGUAUAAACAUUUACCAUUCUGUGUACCACUGCCACCAUCUUUUUGUGAUGUUGUAAAUGUUAUUACUGAAUAAAACGCGUCUUUUUAUAUA